UUCUUUUUAGUCAUUUAUUCUCUUACAUAAUCACACCUACCCUUUCUCUCUCUCUUCACUAUUAUCACUCACAACGAGUAAUAGUGUAGACGUAUGGUGUAGUGUAGCUACUAAAUUUUGGCAAUGGAUAACAAUGAAGCAGCUCCAAACAUGGAACAACAAGAAGCACCACCUAAUAAUAAUUUAACAAGUAACACAAAAAUACAAGUAUCUUUUUUUGGAUUAUUUACAACAGCUGAUACAUUGGAUUAUAUUUUGAUGUUUAUUGGAAGCAUUGGAGCAUGUGUUCAUGGUGCUGUGCUUCCUGUUUUCUUUGUGCUGUUUGGUGGUAUGAUUGAUACUUUGGGAAAAUAUUCAUCAGAUCCUCAUCAAAUGGCUGCCCGUAUAUCACAGAAUUCUUUAUACCUGGUUUAUCUCGGAUUGAUAACAUUUGCAUGUUCAUGGAUAGGAGUUGCAUUUUGGAUGCAAACAGGUGAAAGACAAACAGCUCGCUUGCGUUUGAAAUAUCUUCAAGCAGUUUUAAAAAAGGAUAUGAUUUAUUUUGACACUGAAGCACAGAACCAAAACUUAGUCUUCCAAAUUUCUAGUGAUACAAUACUAAUACAGGAUGCCAUAGGUGAUAAGAUAGGACACAGCUUGCGCUACCUUUCCCAAUUCGUUAUGGGUUUUAUUCUAGGCUUCGUGUCAGUGUGGAAGCUCACACUUGUCACCUUGUCUGUUGUUCCUUUAAUUGCUGUUGCUGGAGGAGCUUACACUGUAAUUAUGUCUACAUUAUCACAAAAAGCUGAAGCUGCUUAUGCUGAAUCUGGCAAAGUUGCUGAGGAGGUUAUCUCACAAGUUCGUACAGUUUAUUCAUUUGUGGGAGAGAAAAGAGCAGUAGAAAGAUACUCUAGAUCACUUCAGAAAGCUGUAAAAUUCGGGAAGAAGAGUGGACUAGCUAAAGGUCUUGGUAUUGGUUCUACUUACGGACUUCUGUUAUGUUCAUGGGCUUUACUUCUAUGGUAUUCCAGCAUACUUAUCAGGCAUCAUAAAACUGAAGGAGGCAAAGCAUUUACAACAAUUUUGAAUGUAAUUUUCAGUGGAUUUGCACUUGGUCAAGCCGCUCCUAAUCUUGCUGCAAUAGCUAAAGCCCGCGCAGCUGCUACAAAUAUAAUUAGCAUGAUUAAGUCUAAUACUGACUCUUCUAGAGAGUUUGCUCCGGGAAUAACAUUACCGAAGAUUGUGGGGGAAAUUGAGUUUCGCGAGGUGUGCUUUGCUUAUCCUUCACGGUCUAAGAUGAUCUUUGAAGGUCUGAGUUUCUCUGUUUCUGCCGGAAAGAGUUUUGCUGUGGUUGGUCCUAGUGGUUCAGGAAAAAGCACUAUUAUUUCCUUAGUCCAACGCUUCUAUGACCCCUCUGCAGGAAAUAUACUGUUGGAUGGACAUGACAUACGAAAUCUGCAGUUAAAAUGGUUAAGACAACAGAUGGGAUUGGUUAAUCAAGAACCAGUCUUAUUUGCUGCAACCAUAGCAGAGAACAUUCUAUAUGGUAAAGAAAAUGCAGGUAUACAGCAAGUUGUGGAAGCUGCCAAAACUGCAAAUGCACAUUCUUUUAUUCAAUCUUUACCUGAUGGUUAUCAUACCCAGGUUGGUGAAGGUGGAACUCAACUUUCGGGUGGACAAAAACAACGAAUUGCUAUUGCAAGGGCUGUGAUACGAAAUCCGACAAUAUUACUCCUUGAUGAGGCCACAAGUGCUCUUGAUUCAGAGUCAGAGCUUGUUGUUCAGAAAGCACUAGAGCAGAUCAUGUCACAGCGAACAACUAUUGUUGUUGCUCAUAGAUUGUCCACUAUCCGAGAUGUUGAUCAAAUAAUUGUUCUGAAUGGUGGAGGUGUUGUUGAAUUUGGAAGUCAUGCACAAUUGAUUUCCAAAGGGGGAGAAUAUGCAGCAUUAGUCAGACUACACUCAUCUGAAAACCAGGAAAAAGCUGAAAAAAGCUAUAAACAAACUACACAAGUCUUGAGCUAUUCCGAGCACACCAACAAUGUUUCUCCUUCACAAGAUAUAAAACCAAAUUUCUGUAGAGAGCAGCCAAUAAGUAAGAAUAACAAGGAGGAUUCAAAAACUACAGAUUAUAAGCGGCCUUCAUUUAAGGAACUGGUUAUGCUUAAUGCAUCAGAGUUUCCCUAUGCAAUACUUGGGUCUAUUGGGGCUGCUUUGGUUGGAAUACAAGCUCCUCUGUUUGCCUUUGGUAUCACAUAUAUGUUGACGGCUUUUUACUCGAAUAAUGAAGCCAGGAUCAAGCAUGAUGUUCAGAUAACUGCAUUUGUGUUCCUUGGGGUUGCUGUCAUUACUAUUCCCAUAUAUCUGAUGCAGCAGUACUUCUAUACCUUGAUGGGAGAACGAAUCACUGCUCGGGUUCGCUUGUUAAUGUUUUCAGCUAUUCUGUCGAAUGAAAUUGGAUGGUUUGACCUAGAAGAGAACAAUGUUGGCUCACUGACAUCAAAGCUAGCAGGCGAUGCAACACUUGUUAGGACAGCUCUUGUUGAUCGUCUAUCAACAAUUGUGCAGAAUACAGCUCUCAUUACAGCAGCCUUUGCCGUGGCUUUUAAGUUAAGCUGGCGCAUUGCAGCUGUAACUAUUGUCAUGUUUCCCUUGAUAAUUGGCGCUUCUGUGGCUGAGCAACUUUUCCUCAAGGGUUUUGGAGGGGAUUAUACCAGUGCAUACUACCAAGCAAACUCCUUGGCUCGAGAAGCUAUCUCAAACAUAAGAACUGUUGCUGCAUUUGGAGUUGAAGAACAAAUCUCAAAGCAGUUUGCCAUGCACUUAAAAAAGCCAAAUAAACAAUCUCUAGUACGAGGCCACAUAUCAGGUUUAGGGUAUGGCAUAUCCUUAUGCCUCACAUUUUGUUCCUAUGCGCUCACCCUUUGGUAUGGUUCUGUUCUGAUAAAAGACGGGAAGAGUAGCUUUGGUGAUAUCAUAAAAGCCUUCAUGGUCUUGCUUGCUUCAGCCUUUUCAACAGCUGAAGCGCUUGCUCUUACACCCGAGAUUCUGAAGGGUACAAACACACUAGGAUCCAUGUUUAGCAUUAUUAAAAGAAAAACAGCUAUCAACUCUGAUGAUCCCAAAUCAACUGUAGUAACAGAUAGCAAAGGAGAAAUAGAGUUCAGAAAUGUAAGUUUCAGAUACCCAACGAGACCUGAAAUAAUGGUUCUGAAGGAUUUGAGCCUUAAAGUUCCUGCAGGAAAGAGUCUAGCAGUAGUGGGACAGAGUGGAUCAGGAAAGAGCACAUUGAUUUCCCUUGUUAUGAGAUUUUACGAUCCAUCUUCUGGCUCGGUUUUAAUUGAUGGGAUCGACAUUAGAAGCUUGAAUUUGAAGUCUCUAAGACGUAGCAUAGGGCUAGUACAGCAAGAACCAGCACUAUUCUCCACUACAGUAUACGAGAAUAUCCAGUAUGGUAACGAGGCAGCUACAGAAAUCGAGAUAAUGAAGGCUGCUAAAGCAGCGAAUGCUCAUGGUUUUAUAAGCAGAAUGCAAGAAGGAUAUGACACUCGAGUGGGAGAAAAGGGGUCCCAGUUAUCCGGAGGUCAGAAACAAAGGGUGGCCAUUGCUCGGGCAAUACUGAAAGAUCCGUCUAUCCUCUUACUAGAUGAAGCUACAAGUGCACUCGACACUUCAUCAGAGAAGCUUGUCCAGGAAGCCCUCGACAAGCUCAUGCAAGGUCGGACAACAAUCAUUGUAGCUCACAGACUAUCAACUAUACGUGAUGCAGAUAGUAUUGCAGUGAUGAACCUAGGAAAAGUGGUUGAAAUUGGAAGCCAUGAAGAGCUUAUUAGCAUCCAAGGGAGUGUAUAUGCUCAGCUGGUUGACUUUCAACAGGAUAAAACUCAGUUAGUACCUUAAUCUCUCUGUAGAUGAUGAGCAAUUGCCAAUCGGUUGUAACAAAAGCAAAAAGGGAACAAAAGGGAGAAUUCACUUUUAUUCAUCUACUAGGUUUUGGACCCGUGCAUAAUGCACGGGAACAUUAAUACAAUAAAAAUGUUUAUAUAUCCGCUACAUUGAAAACAUAUAAACGAUUAUUUACGUUUACUUGAUCAAAAACUUUGUGUUUAAGAGAAAUACACAUUUAUAUUAAUUAUAAAGUUGUUUAACA